UAAAACUCCACGCCCUUCCUUGGCCCAACAGAGGCAAUCAGAGAUAGAAGCAACAGAGUCUAAGUAUCGAUUCCAUAAGCUCGUCGAGUGCGAGAAGAAUGAAGCUGAGCAGCCAAAGGAAGGUGGCGCAGAGAGGAGGAGGAGGAGGUGGGCUCGGGAGAGCUCUGAGAGAGCAGAAGGCCAGGCUUUAUAUCAUCCGCCGAUGCGUGGUGAUGCUCCUCUGCUGGCAUGACUGACCCUCGCAAAGAGCAGAGGAAUUUUGGUUAACUAGGCUUUUCGUUUGUACAUAUAUCGAUCCAAAUACUAGGUGUUUAUAUCUUUUCUUUCCUCUUUUUUUUUUUUUUUAGUUUGUAGUUCAACUCGACUCCUGUCGGUCUUUUAGUGAACGGCUACUUUUUUUUUCUUGCCUUUAGGCAGGCGAAGAUCGACCAAUUUUGAUACUUUUGACAUCAAAAAAAUCUUGCACAUUGAAAUAGAUUCUGAAACGGAUUUAUUCUGGUCUUA